CGGCGGCGGGCAGGGCCGGGGGAGACGGGGGCUGAGCAGCCGGCCGGACCCCAACAGGGCAGAACAUUAGGCAGCAGUUCUUGGAUUGACCAGGGUGGAUUAAAUGAGUCUGCUCCUAAGGACAACUCAACCGCAACAUCCGACCCUGAUGAUCUGUGGGGGCUGGUGUGGAGAGCCGUCAAUCCGGGGCCGAAGCCCGCGGGCUGGGAGGCCACACCAAAAUUACCAGAGUUCGUUGACAAGAAUCCCGAAACAGGCCGAAACCCAGGGGAGCCAGAAACCUUUCAGGUUGGAGCAGAAGAGUUUCAGUGGAUGCCGUUUCCUCCGGCCCCUGAAUUUGGCAGAAAAGCAAAAUACCCGCAGUCUCCUCGGCGGAGCGGAAGCGGACGGAAACAGUUAACCCGGAGACUGAGAAGGGAACCCUCGAGAGGCGAGAGGAAUUCUUCUGCCGAGGCUGUGGGAAGCAAAUCCGGCGCCCUGAGCCCCCCUGAGCGGGCAGGAACAUUUAAGGCCGAGAGGCUUCAAGCCUUUCCAAAGGUAGACUCACCCCGGCCCAGUAAGAAACACAGGGGCUUGGAGCUUGGGCCACUCCCAGUGACUCGUAGCCUCCCCGAGCGGAGUCCAGCCGUUGGGAACGGCCAAGGAGAAGGCUGCCGGGGAACGCCUGGUUGGGAAAAGUCAGAAAGCGGUGUUGGAUUGGAUGAUGCUGGCCUCACCUCUUCCCCACAAGCGGCAGGUUCUGGGACCAACAUCGAGGAGCCGAUGGCAGGGACGAAGACUCUGGAGAGCUGUCCCAUGUGCCAGAUCCCUUUCGGGCCCACGCUGUCGCAGUCGGACGUGGACGGUCAUCUCGCUCAGUGCUUGUCAGAGAGCACCGAAGACGUGAUCUGGUGACCUCGCCGUCUCGAGUCGACGGGGCCGUUGGUCCAGUGUUGGGGAGCGCUCUGGCCGGCUGGACUGGAAUGGGGUCUGCCCCAAGGUAGGGAUGUGCGGAGGCCCGGCUCGCAGGGCACCCCGAGUGCCGGCGGCUUCCCGGACAGAUAUGUGGCAAUAAGCGGAUCGGGGGAGGAGAGGCGGGGUGCCUCGCCCCCAGUCAGCUAUGUCAAACACUUUGUUUUAAGAAGCAGCGUAAGCUCAGUGGAAAAAGCACGGGCUUGGUAGACAUCAUAGUUCAAAU